AUGCUGUUCAGUACUGAAGCAGAUCUCGUUCUCGUAAGUGCGUUGUGUUGUUUUAUCGCGGUGGGUACUUUUGUACUCGGUGCCUGGGGUUCGUUUGCCUUCGUGCUAAGAUCUAUCUUUUUGCCGUUCACUACGCCCAUCCUCCUCACUUCCGGGUCGGUUACCACCCCUUGCGAGGGUACUGAAAGCUCUCGGUGGGCAAAUCAAACACAGAAACUAAAUCCCAUCAGACCAGACCAGACCAGACCGAGAUCUGACCGUCGAAACUGCACCUGUGUGUAGAAGCAUCUUCGGGAGAGCUUCAAGAGUGAGCUGCUGCUGUUAUUGUUAUUGUUGUUAGGUCGGACCUAGCCGUCGGCGCGCCAGAGUCGCGUCGUACAGUUUUGAUAAGUAAUUUAACCCGACGAUUUCACACACCGACCGCCGCCAGCUGAGCGGUAAUGAAUUAAAUUUGUUACUUACUCAUUUAAUUAAUAUAGUCUAAUUAAUGAGCGUGAGAAGUGUUUGCUGCUUUUUUCCUACUGCUGCCAUUCGUUCCCUUCGGCUUCCUUCGGCCAUUUAAGUUUCUCGGUGAAGGUGAAUGUGAAUUCUUGCAACGGACGCGCACACACAUUGAUUUCUUUUUGUCGGAAGAAAAGGUGGAGUAGCGUGAAAGUGAAUCUCGCCCACGGGUGGUGCCAAUUGGAGUCUGUGAUCUUGAGUCCGUCGUUUUUGGUCGAAAGUGAUGCAUAAUUAAACAGAGCUUAGGGGAAAUGGAUAUGCGUAAUUAAGUGAAGGUGUGUGUGCACGCGCGUGUUUGUGUUGCAGUAGACAGUAUUUCCGCUCCAGCAGUGUUCCUAAUCCUACCGUGUUUGGUGAUGAGUUGCAUCCGUACACCACUGAGCCACUGAUGACUGCUUUCUGUCGUAGAAUGUUGAAAGUGAAACUCUGCCUGAUCAUGAAAAGCAUCAAAUUUAUUGGAUGAUUGUUGUGCAACAGUGCGAGUACGGAAGUAGAAUAAAAGGAAGAAGUUCCAGACAAGUUAAACUAACGAAAUAUUGUGCCAAAACGGUACUAAAACUUCAAGCUGUCGACGCUUUCCAUAAGAAACUUCUCAGCAAACAUGCUGAACAAUCUGAGCGCUGCCGGCCUGGGAGGACCGAAGGAGUGCGACCUAUCGAAGGGAGGCCUCACCUCACUGCACGGUGCCAACAGCUUCGGUUCGCCACCAAACUCGGCCGGUUCGGAUAGCAACGGUAAUCGGUUGCACGUCAACAGCGGUGGAUCGACCGGCGGAGGAGGCGGCGGAGGUCUUUGCGAGCCACACAACAUCCACCAGGAUCAGAACACUGACAAAAAUGGCAAACAGAAAAGGCAUCGGACACGUUUUACACCGGCUCAGCUGAACGAAUUGGAACGGUGCUUCUCGAAGACGCACUAUCCGGAUAUUUUCAUGCGAGAGGAGAUUGCCAUGCGGAUCGGUUUGACCGAAUCGCGCGUACAGGUUUGGUUUCAGAACCGACGAGCCAAAUGGAAGAAGCGGAAGAAGACCACCAACGUUUUCCGGACACCUGGUGCCCUCCUACCCUCGCACGGUUUGCCGCCCUUCGGAGCCAAUAUAACCAACAUAGCGAUGAGUGAAAGCUUAUGCGGAACAUCGAUGUUCGGCGGCGAUCGCUGGGGAGUGGGAGUCAACCCGAUGACUGCUGGAUUCGGUCAGCUGAAUCAAACCUCUUCCCUUUCGUCCUCGCUCAACAGUGGGUUAAACUCGGGAAUCAAUAUCUCCUCCGCCAUGGGAGCCGGCGGUUACCACAACUAUGGACUGAACGCUUUGGAUAUUCCAUUCGCAGGUGAUACCAUGAUGUACCAGCACUCGGUAAGUGGCGUUGGUUGCACCGGAAGUUCACCCACCUCCACCCCGCCAAACAUUAAUGCUUGCUCGUCAUCUACGCCACCACUAACCAGUGGACAACAGCAGCAACAGCAGCAGCAACAACAGCAGCAACAGCAACAACAGCAACAGCAAGGUGCUAGUCAGAAUGAUACCAACGCCAACGGAGAUAUGUCGAGCCAACCAGGUGCCAAUCAGCACAGCAUCUCCAAUUGUCAGGGUCUCGGCUCUGGCACUCCGGAUGGGGACGAUGACGUCUGGCGAGGUCACAGCAUAGCCGCCCUGCGGAGACGCGCCUCGGAACUGAACCAGACGAUGCCGUCGUAUCUGCAUGCGCACAAUUAUGACCACCACAACUCGGUGUAUUGACUGGAGCUGUUUAAGUAAAAGGACGGAGGAGUGAUUGUAUCAUACAGCGAAUGACAGCACUAAUCACAUAAACUCACACCUAGAGGAACCGAGAGAUGGAUGGAAACUGUAACAUUAAAAUGCAUACGUAACAGAGAUGUAACGACGCUAAAAUUGCCGUACCAGUAUUAUCUAUUACUCAACUUUUAGUUUAAUUCGCCCUGAUAAGAAAAUUUCUUGGGCGUUUAAUUGCGCCUGGAUUGGGGGCUUUUGUAAAGUAAUCCAAGAAUACGAGAAAAUGUUAACUUAGUGAUGAAGUUAACCAUAACAUUCCUUUCCUCUAUUGCCCAGUAAAACAAAAAGAAAAGAAAAAACGAUGUAUACGAUCUGUCAAUAACAAGAAGUAGGCUAAUAACAAGAAGUAGACUAAGACUUUUUUAUUCCGUCUGUCAAGCGCAGACGGUUUCCGGCAAAGCAAAACGGAACUCUGCGAAACCAAGUAUACGAUUCGAGUGCAUUCUCUGCCUACUGAGAGAUUGGAAAAGAGCAAGAGUAAAAACUAAACAAAAAAGGGAAACUCUCGAUAAUAACAAGUUUGUGGUUACAAGUAUACUAUUCUACUCGUCAGCAAAUCUAUUUAAGACAUACAAAAUUCACAGCAAAUGAUGUUAUCCUUGCAAGUAAAACGAAAAUAAACGUAAAAAACUGCAUUUAAAGCGUAAAUUUUGCUGUAAAUGCUGAUACUUUGAAGUGUAAAUAAAAAUGAAAAAUCAACCAAACUCUGAUAUAAGGAAAAGAAAGGGACAACAGUGUAAUGCGUCUUAUGUUUUUCACACAAUCAUUUUUCGUUAUAAAGAAAAAAAGAGAGAAUUUUAGUUUGUACAGAGGAAAAUAGCUUCGCUGAAGAUGCUCAGUUUCAAUUCAGUUUUGUAAAAAAAAAGAGGAAUUGCAAAAGACAUGAUAAAUAUAGUCGAUUACGUUAGGUAAGCUAAAUAAUCGUGUAACAAGCGCAGCGCGAUCAACAUGUGAUCCAGAAUAGUGGACUAAAAUGCAUGAUGAGCCCAGUGUAUACGGAACGAUAAACAUUUCCAGUAAGCCAAGAAACUAAGAACCGAUGUAUGUUAGCAAAAUAUUACAUUAUUGAUAUCGAAUAAAAAUGGAUAAAAUACUUAUGCUCUGUU